UAAAGAGUAAACAAGUACACAGUGUUUUGUGCAAACUGACUUUGGUAUUUUUAAUGGUUGACAGUACAGUAUAGACACUAGAAAGAUUGACAUGGAUAUACAAAAAGCCGAAAAGCCGUACACGUGCGAGAUCUGUGGAACAGGUUUGUCACGGAAAACCCAUUUAAAGCGUCACAUGAAAAUACAUACAAGAGGGACGGCAUGCUCGUUGGAUGUAUGUGGGGCUGAUUUUAAUGAUGGAAGCUGUUUAAGACACCCGAGAAAACAAGAAGAAGUGUUGAUGUACGGGUGUGAGGUAUGUGAUGCUGCGUUCUCUCUGAAAAGUAAUUUACAUAGACAUAUGCAAAUACACACUGGAGAGAAGCCAUACAAGUGUGAAUUUUGUGAUGUUGCUUUUGCCCAGAAAAGUAAUUUACAGGGACAUAUAAAACUGCACACAGGAUACAAGCCGUACAUGUGUGAGAUCUGUAGGGCCAACUUUUUUCAUAAAUCAAAUCUUAAACGCCACAUGAGAAUACACACAGGAGAGAAACCAUACAAGUGUAAAACAUGCGACGCUGCAUUCUCUCAGACAGGUGAUUUAAAAACACAUAUUAGAAUGCACACAGGAGAAAAGCCAUUUAAGUGUGAAAUAUGUGAUGCUGCUUUUGCGAAGAAACUUGAUUUGCAAACACAUAUGAGAAAACAUACAGGAGUUAAGCCAUUCAAGUGUGAGAUAUGUGAUGCUGCAUUUUUUCAGACCGGUGAUUUACACACACAUAUGAGAAAACAUACAGGAGAGAAGCCAUACAAGUGUGACACAUGUGGUACUGCUUUCACUCAGAGUAGUAGUUUACAGACACAUUAUAGAACACAUACAGGAGAGAAGCCAUUUAAAUGUGAGGUUUGUGAUGCUGCUUUCUCUCAGAGAAUAAGUUUACAGACACAUACACGAAUACACACAGGAGAAAAGCCAUUUAAGUGCGAGUUAUGUGAUGCUGCUUUCUCCCAGAAAAAUAAUCUGAAGAGGCAUAUGAGUAAACACAAAGAAAAAAAGUAAUACACGUGAGAGAUAUGAGAUGCUUCUUUCUGUGUGAAAAGUCAUUAACGUACACAUUUUUGAGUACACACUGGACCGUGGAGAAAAGCCAUAUGAUGCAAAUGUGAGACUUGUGGUGUUCUUAUAGUGAAAAGUAUUGUUGUGAAUUCAUGUAUACACACAUGAGAGAAACUAAACAUGUGUAAUUAAAGUGGAGAUUCUUAUUCUCUGGAAAGUGAUGUAAAUAUGAAUAUGAGUAUAGACGAAGUAGAAGACAUACAUCUUUCAGACGAUUGAUACUACUUGUUCUGAGAAAGGUACACACAACUUAUGUAAACACUCACAAGAGAGGAGCCAUGCGAAUGGAAAGCUGCUGGUGAUACAUGUACAUGUACUUUCCCUCGGAGAUACUAUUUAAAGAUUAUUAUUGAGGGGAAUCGCUUAGAAUGUAAGCCCAGGUGCAUGUGAUUCUGCUUUAACUUGAAUAUUUUGAACCGAGUGUAGGUCAAAAUCCCUUCCGCUCAUUUUGGUAUAGGUGGACAUAAUCCCCCCAUCAAUUUUUCAAAGCGGACAUAAUCCCUCCCAUUGUUUUUACAAGGCGGGCAUAAUCCCCCUCAACAAUUUAUAAUAUAUAUAUACUACAGACAGUUUGUGUAGUUUGCAUUUGGCAGUUUGCAGUAUAAGUAAAUGAUGCCUGUAUCAAUGAAUAAUUAAUUGCCAAUCAAGAAAUUAUUGUGUAAAAAUAAUUUAAUUAGCAAGGCAAACCAUCCAUAUGAUAUAAUUAUACAUAAUUACAGCCAAUAAAGGAAUUCCAACAAUAAAAAACAACAACUUUACAUGUUUAUUUGAAAGACAAACAUUCCAAAGUAAUCCAAAACAGUACCUUAAAGCCAUGCAGAUAGAUAAUAAAAUAGAUAUAUAAUAAAACUAAAAAACCUAAGGGGGUUGUUUAAUCUGCCUUGGAAAAAAAUGAUGAGGGGGAUUAUAUCCGCCUUUUAAAAAUGAUGGUAGGCAUUAUGUCCGCCUUGUAAAAAUGAUGAGGGGAAUUAUGCCCGCCUUGUAAAAAUGAUGAGGGGGGUUAUGUCCGCCUUAUAAAAAUGAUGAGGGGUGUUAUAUCCGCCUUGAAAAAAAUGAUGGGGGGGGGGUAUUAUGUCCGCCUUGUAAAAAUUGAUGGGGGGAUUUUGUCCGGCUCCCAUUUGAACCUAUUACAGUGUUGUAUGUUGACUUUUAGAAUAUCCAAGAUUUUUAGUGAUGUAAGUGGUGUUCGUAAAGGAACUAUCAGUUUUCAUACAUUUAAAAGUAAACUAAUUAAUCGUAUUAAUACUUGGUAUGCCCUCUUACGAAGGACAUUCAAUUAUUUUAGUUGCUCUUUUAUUUUCGGUAUAUAUUAGUUGAAGUAUUCGUAUUCGUAUAAAAUGCAUGAUACUCUAUAAAAAAAAACAGCUUCGUAUCAAAUAAAAAUAUAAGUUCGGACAUCACAUGGCAUGAACACUUUGUUAUUUUGAUAUAUGCUUAUUGAACGACUUAUCUUUUCUUUCGUUAGUGUGAAAAGCAGGCGUUUACUUAGACUCAUUUUUACUGAAAAUGCGGCAAAAUGUGGACGUAAAUUUGUCUUAAUAGAAAUAAUAUUGAAUCACCUUUUAAUGGUCUAAUUGUUGUUCGAAAUGGCGAUUUCUGUUGGGACCAAAUAUAAUAUAUUAUCGUGGGGUAUAUGUCCAUAGAACGUAAAAACAUGGUAAAUGCACCUUAUAUCAUAUGAUUAUUGAGACUAUGUUUUAUGUUAUUUUUACUAUGGUAUUGCAAAAUACACUUCAGCAGAAUUGUGUAUAACCUAUAUUAUGAAAUGGACGAUUGCCCAGGCAGCUUAUGAUAUUGGUAGAAUUUGUGCCUGAACUCAAGUUGUUCUCUUACAGUUUGUUUCUUGUACUGCAGUAGGAAUUGGUACAAGUACCUACUAAUAUGCUUACUCAAUGAUGUAUUGUGUGAUGAUUUAUUUUUUACACGUUAUAGAUGUUCAAUUUGUGUGAUAUUGAUAACCAGUCUGUUAGUAUAUUUAUAUAUAUAAUGGCAUCUAAUAUACUAAAUAAACACAAUUCUAGCUCAUACUUUAAUAAUAUGUAUUGAUGCAUGCUCCUUAUUAUUUGUUUUGUUUAAUGUAUGCUACGAAUGUAACGUGUUAACCGAAAAUUAAAAGGCCUAGUUUAGUCCUUCUAUAAGUGACCCCCCCCCCAAAAAAAAAAAAAAUAAUAAUAAAUAAAAUAAAAAAUAAAUAAAUAAAAAUAAAAACCGUUUAUUGUACACAAUGUCUGUGUAUUGAACUCAAUGUAAUUACCUAAUUGUGUUAUCAGAUCUCCGAUCUGAAUAUCCUGCUGUGCAGUUUUGGCCCUGACCCAAUAAACAAAUGAACUUGGGAAAUUGGCCUCUUCUGUGACAUCAGCGCAAUUAGCAGGAGAUUCACUGCAGGGGAUUGUCAUGCCAUACAUUCCUUAAACUAGGCCUUUAAACGGAUGAUAUGUUGAUUAUUGAAAAUGUUUAUAUUUGAAAUCAUGUCGAUGAAUAAGGAACUUAACGAAUUU